AUGGCACCAAGCAAGCGUCGUGGGCCUCGACGGGAGCGAACUCAAACCCGUGUGCGCAGUCGCGGCCAGCAGCGACGGCGGCAACAAGAAAGUUCAGAGCCACAGCAAGAAUUUCAGCAAAGCCCCGAGUUACAGCAAGAGUCGCAGCUUUCAGAAGCAGCUCCGGUUCCAGCUGAUCGGGCCCUUCACUCAGCUGAGCACCGCCAGCUCAACAUGAUCAAGGCCCUGGAGCGCGAGUUGCUUGGAGGGCCAGCCCAAAACACCGCCUCCGCUGCUGAUCCAGUCAACCAGGUCACACUGCAGUCCACGGAGCUUGCCGAGCUGCAGUCCGCAGAAGGCAGUGAACAGAUUGACGCGUCCAACAGACUUCAUGCCCUCAUCGAAAUUGCACAACCGCACUUGGCUCCCGACCAAAGUCCAGCCCAGCUCUAUGCUCAACUCAAGGCUCGAGCCGGCGAGGUGGGAGCCAUUGAUGCCGGCCGCCGACGAAUUCUUCUUGUUGAACCCUUGAUCGAUCACCAACUCUUUGUCAACAUCUCCCUCGAUCCCAAGACCAAGAAUCGGGUGACCAAAUGUGGUAUUUGUGGGGCCAUCUUAAACAAGGAAAUCACGACGCACUUUGCGAUGCACUGCACCGUAGCCGAAGGCAUCAACGAUCACAGUUUUGCCUGCUACCACCUGGAGGUCAUGUACGAUGCGUACACGGAUGUGCGCAAUGACGACACGGAAACCAACUGGGUGACCUUUGGCUACCAGGACAAGCUCAUCACCGUCAGCAACCAGGGCUCCGAUUACAACGACUUUCUCGCCGAGAUGAAGGACGAUGAACGUGUUUACGGCUUUGUCCGCUUUGAAACUGGCGACGAGCUGAGCAAGCGUGCCAAGUUUGUCCUCGUUACCUGGGUCGGCCCCAACGUCGGCGCCCUGAAGAAGGCCAAGGUUUCCACCGACAAGGCCUUUGUCAAGCAAGUCGUCCAGUCAUAUGCCAAGGAGGUGUUGGCUGACACCCUCGAAGAGCUGGACUACGACACCGUGCUCGACCAGGUCAAGGCGGCUGGUGGCGCCAACUAUGGCACUGGUGUUCGCCAUUAAGUGCCUCCCUGCCAACACAAUACCAACACACAAUACCCUCCAUCACCAUGAAGGACUUUAUUCCAAUAUGUACGCUCUGUUUUUGAGUUUGUCGUUAUGACGUCCGUUUCCAAAAUCUUUUUUUUUUCUCUCUCUCUCUCUCUUCACUCGGCCACCACCCCUGGGCCCCAUCCCUUGCUUCUCUUACAACAAUUGUAAACAUAUAAAGG